CGCUCUAGCUCAGAUCGUCCCAUUCAACAUCAUCUUCUGCACUAUCAUUUGCUGCACUGGACCCGAGUCUCUGCCUGCUCCUGGCAAAAAGUCAGAAGCAAUUUCCGAGCAGACUGCAAGUUCCAGGGAAGAUGAAUAUCCAGGUCCGCUCCGGAGAUACGCUUUCGUCUAUUACCUCAUUAGAAAAGAGGGAAGUGGAGCAGGUUCUGCUCAUAGAUCCUAAUGGAUUCAGGUAUGACGAGCCGUCCACCGCUGCGACUCCAGACUCCCACGGCUGCCCACCGGCAACCACUGGGGACACGGACAGAGAGACCUGGGGCAAGAAAAUAGACUUUCUGCUGUCUGUUAUCGGCUUUGCGGUGGACUUAGCUAACGUAUGGAGGUUUCCAUAUUUAUGCUACAAAAAUGGGGGAGGUGCCUUUUUGAUUCCAUACGUCUUUUUUUUAUUCAUCGCUGGGAUACCCCUGUUUUACAUGGAGCUUGCCAUAGGCCAAUACAAUAGAGAGGGCGCUGCCACAGUCUGGAAGAUUUGCCCCAUGUUCAAAGGUGUGGGCUACACAGUGAUCGCUAUAGCACUGUAUGUCGGCUUCUACUACAACGUCAUUAUAGCCUGGUCCCUUUACUACCUGUUCUCCUCGCUCACCAACGAGCUGCCCUGGCUCAGGUGUGGGAAUAGCUGGAACAGUCCCGGGUGCACUGACCCUCAGCUUACCAACGGCUCCCUCCUGUGGAAUGGGACAUCCUACUUCAAGAUCACACCAGCUGCAGAGUUCUAUGAGCGUGGAGUCCUGCAUGUCCAUGAGAGCAAGGGCAUCCAGGACCUGGGCUCACCUCGUUGGCAGCUCACCAUUUGCCUGGCACUGGUGGUCUUCGUCGUCUGCUUCAGCCUAUGGAAAGGUGUCAGAUCGUCUGGAAAGGUGGUUUAUGUCACAGCCACCUUACCCUACGCCAUGCUGCUUGUUCUCCUUAUCCGGGGCGUCACUCUACCUGGGGCGAUGGAUGGCAUCAGAGCCUACCUGCACAUUGAUUUCAAAAAGCUCAGUAACCCAUCGGUCUGGAUCGAUGCAGCCACUCAGAUAUUCUACUCGCUGGGAGCCGGAUUUGGUGUCUUGAUUGCAUUUGCUAGCUAUAAUAAGUUUGAUAACAACUGCUACAGGGACGCUCUGCUGACCAGCACAAUCAACUGCAUCACCAGCUUCCUCUCAGGAUUCGUCACGUUCUCUGUGCUGGGAUACAUGGCCUUUCGGAAUGGCGUGAAGAUUGACAAUGUGGCUACUGAGGGGCCAGGGCUGGUGUUUAUCAUCUAUCCAGAAGCUAUCUCCACCCUUCCAGGAUCCACAUUUUGGGCCAUAGUCUUCUUCAUCAUGCUCUUAACACUUGGCAUCGACAGCUCGAUGGGCGGCAUGGAGGCGGUCAUUACUGGCCUUUGUGACGACUUCAAGCUCCUCAAAAGGAACAGGAAGAUAUUCACAGUUGUUGUCGCAUCUGUGACUUUCCUAGUAGCCUUGUUCUGUGUCACGAAUGGAGGCAUUUACAUCCUGACUCUGCUGGAUACCUACGCUGCUGGAACGUCCAUUCUAUUCGGGGUGCUGAUCGAGGCUAUUGCCGUGUCCUGGUUCUAUGGAGUAGAUAGAUUCAGCGAGGAUAUUGAACACAUGAUGGGCUUCAAACCUGGCCUGUACUGGAGGCUGUGUUGGAAGUUUUUAAGUCCAGCCUUCCUGCUGUUUGUCGUGGUUGCCAGUGUUGCAACCUCCACCAGCCUGCGGUAUGAUAACUACAUCUUUCCUCAGUGGUCCAAUUUGAUUGGCUGGGGAAUAGCAGCGUCAUCGAUGAUUUGUGUGCCAGUCUAUGCCAUUUACAAGUUCCUCAGUGUGCCAGGAACCUUCAGAGAGAGGGUAGGUUAUUGUAUCACUCCCAAAAAAGACCAUCAUCGUGUGGCCAACGGUACUGUCAGGCAGUUCAAGCUAAAGCACUGGUUAGCCAUCUGACACCACCUAGGUCCUGCUCUUUGGGAUGCCGGAGGCCGUGGUCCUUCCUGAAGACCUUCACGGUGAAGCUACAGUAUCUGCUUGUUUUAAGAAAGAUAUCACAUAUCCACACUUCCAUUUAUAUUGAAUGGUAAUUCCUGGCUGCGUUCUUUGUGAACGUUUUGUGUUUUGCUUUUCACAAUGUGACGAUGUUGAUUAUACCUCUCUUAUGACACUUCAAAGAAUAUAUAGGAAACAAAUAUAAAGUUAGCGCUGGAGCACAACAGAGAUUUAUAAUUAUUUGGCAUUGCUUUUAUAUAAAAUACGUACACGUUUAAUUAAUGUAUAAAGAACUGGUUCAUUAUCCAUUUUAUUUUGGUCAGGAGGGGCCUUGAGCUAGUCCAAGGGUACAUAAAUUAGCCCAAAUUGCAUGGUGUCAGACGGUGGGGGGACACCCACACAACAGGGAACAUGUGUAAACUCCACUGACACAGAUGGGGGGUUUGAAAUCUCUGGAGGGAGGAGAGGACAGCAGUAGGCUACUGAGCUGCAGUGCCACUGCAAUUAUAUGUCAUAUAAUAUGAGAAUAUAAAACUAAUAGUACUUCCUAAAAAAGAAAAAAGUCCUGCAUAUUUUUUAGGAAAAUCAUAAAUAAUUUAGUAGUUUUUUUUCCUUCAGCUUCAAUAAUUUACUUUCCCCAGUAAGUAUAGACUCUCCUUUUCACUCUAAUUUCGUAUAUAAUACAAAUUUAAUACAAGUGUUCUCUUCUUCCUUAUCAACAGUUCUGUGUUAAGCCUGCAUAGUAAAGGGAUGUUUCUUUUAUCAAAUCCAAGGUGCCAUGAGACUUUUCAAUCCAGUUUACCACGAUUCAGAUUUAAACCAAGAGUCAUCCUGUUUUUGUACGAUAAGGUAUACUAGAAAAGCAUAUACAUAUUAUAGAAAUACAUAUUAUAACGAUCAAGUGUGAGAGUCAUAUUCCUUCAUUCAGUGCCAUAUCACAGUUCCUAAACUUCAUGUUAAUAAUAGAAACUAUUUCAAAACUUAUUUUAAGCUAGGGCAAAUUUAUCAAUGUUACUGAUAUAUGAGCUCUGUGUGAAACAUUAGAAAAGUUUUACACAGCCGUGCUACAAUAAUACAGUGUCCCUUUACCAAAUUUCCCCCCAGGAUUAAUACGGUAUUCUGAUUGCAAUUGUGAUUCUUUAUACACAUGCCAGUAACCAUGGACAGCUUCUUCAUGUCUCACUCUACAUGCAGCCUUUAACAUCUGAAUGUUAACAGAAAUAUUUAAUUAUGCCAUCAAAUAUUUUACUGACAGCUUAUAAGAGUUAACAGUUAUUGAAGUAGAAUUUACUGAUGUAUCAGAAUGUUUGUAAUGUGUUAUUUCACUUUGUCAGGAACAAUUUAUAAAAUCUCAUUUUCACACUUAUUUUGUGCACAAAAUUAUGUUAAAAUA